UUAUUCAGUCUACCAAUAUUUAGUGCUGUAAAAGGAGCAAUUUCACUAAACUCCAGGAAUCAAAACCGCGGUUCAAGGAUUUUAAGAACCAAGUCAACUUUUUAAACUGCGAAAUAGAAAAGCACAAUAAGAUUGUAGAAAUGUCUGCAGGGGUGGUCAUCAAGAAAAGAUCCAGAGUUCCUGGUGUUGUCAUCACACAAUAUGUCAAAGAAAUACCACCUGGGAAAAGUACCCCUGAUUUCAUCAGAAAACCCAUGGGUGUAAACAUUCCGGAAGGUAAAUCAGCCACUUUCAAAGCAGUGGUGACAGGAGAGCCAAAACCCACCAUCGAAUGGUCACGGAGCAAAGGAGAGAUUUCUGAUCCAGAGAAAUACAAUACAAGAUAUGAUGAAAAGGCUGGAGAAUACAUAUUACAGAUAUUAAACGCAACAGCUGACCAAGCAGAUACAUACAAAUGUUUUGCUACAAACUCAUUUGGAAGAGCUGUUUGUACAGCAACACUUAAGGUUAACGAAGAUGGAUUCAGGAAAAACAUGCCAGGACAAAAUGAACCUGAAGACUUCAGAAAAAUGCUGAAGAAAACUGUAGUUUUGAAAAAGGUUAAAGAAAAACCCAAGAAAGAGGGAGAGGUUGACCCAAAGUUUUGGGAGGUGUUAUUGAGUGCUCAGAAGAAAGACUAUGAGCGCAUAUGUCGAGAGUUUGGGAUCACUGAUUACCGAUGGAUGCUGAAAAGACUUAAUCAGAUGAAGAAGGAGAGAGAAGAAAAACAGGAAAAGUACGUUGAAAAGGUUGAAAAUAUGAAACCAAUAGAGAUCAAACGAAAUGGAAAAGCUGAAUUUGAACUGGACAUGAAGCUUAAGAAUCCCAAUAGUAAAAUUUAUCUCUACAAGAAUGGUGAAGUAGUUGACUAUGGUGAUGGCACCAAUCAUUCCUUCAAAUACAAUCUGAAGAAAGUUGGUGAUAAAUACACAUUUAGUGUUAAUAAUGUUGUCCCAGAAGAUGCAGGCCUAUAUCAAGUGGAUGUUGAAGAUGCAAACAUGUUUUCUACUGAACUGGAGAUUCCUGAUGUGGAAUUUGAUAGCAUUCUGAAGGAUGUCACUGUGGUCAAAGGAAAAGAUGCUACAUUUGAAUGUGUAUUAUCUGAUCCUGUGUCAAAAAUUACCUGGUAUGCCAAUGAUGCAUCAAUUGAGCCUGGGGAUAAAUAUGACAUAACAGUCUCAGAAGACAUGCUUACUCACAGACUAGUAGUAAAGAACUGUAGACCAGUGGACAAUGGUACCUACACAGUUAUUGCUGGAAUCAAAUCAUCCAAAGCAGCUCUGAAUGUGAAAGAUGAUCCAAAUGUCCUCCAGAAAGGCCAGAGAGAUACAGAUAAUGCUGAUAAGUGGGGUAAAGGGCAGGCCAGGAAGCUGCAAGGUACAACACUCAAAACAGCUACAGGGGUUGUUAGUGAUGGAUGUAGCCUGGGAGAUGAGAUGGGAGUUAGAAGUGGGCAGGAGGGGAAGCAAAGAGGUGAAUUAGGGAAACAUGGGUUGGGGAAAAAUGAACUACUGGGCAAUGGUUCAGGCAAAGAUGAAUCAGGAAAGGAUGGCCUAUCUGGAAUGGGAUCAGAAAAAGAUAGAUCUGGAAAAGACAGACUAUCAGAUGUUGGAUCAGGAAAAGAUGGAUCAGGAAAAGAUGGAUCAGGAAAAGAUGGGCUAUUGGGUGAUGGAUCAGGAAAAGUUGGGCUAUUGGGUGAUGGAUCAGGAAAAGUUGGAUCAGGAACAGAUGGGCUAUUGGGUGAUGGAUCAGGAAAAGUUGGGCUAUUGGGUGAUGGAUCAGGAAAAGUUGGAUCAGGAACAGAUGGGCUAUUAGGUGAUGGAUCAGGAAAAGAUGGGCUAUUGGGUGAUGGAUCAGGAAAAGAUGGAUCAGGAAAAGAUGAUUUUGAAGUAACUGGACUACAAAAAAUUAGUAGAAGUGGGGAUGGAACAGGUGAAGACAUGACAGAUGGAGAUGGAACUGGAGAAACUAAGCAUAAAAAGCGCCUCAGAGUUGGUCAAUUGGUCCCUGACACUAAAAGAGAACCAGAAGUCCACUUUGUUAGUGGAUUGUCUGAAACUGCUGCCAAUAUUGGAGAGACUGCAGAAUUAUCUUGUACACUCAGCAAUAAGGACUGUUUUGGAAUUUGGUAUAAAGAUGGUCAAAAGUUGGAAUCUACAAAUGGGAUUACUAUUACCAAAGAGGGGGCCAUUCACAAACUAAUAAUCAAGAAUUCUCAGGAGGGUAAUGCAGGGGUGUAUAGAUUUGAAGCAGAAGGACGUAAAUCAGAGGCCACAUUAAUUAUUAAAGAUCCACCAAAAAUUGAUGCAGAUGCUGUGAGUAAGUUCUCAGAAGCUGUCGUCGUAAGAUCUGGUGAAAAUGCAAUUUUCAAGCUUCCAUUCUCAGGAAAGGUACCAAUCAGAGUGCAGUGGUUAAAAGAUGAAGCAGAGCUUCUAGAAGGCUCUGGUGUCAGGAUUGAGAGUUCUUCGAGUCAGAGUCGGCUUCUUCUCAAUAAAUGUCAGCGUAAGGACACUGGAGAAGUCAAAAUCAAACUUAAGAAUGAAUUUUCCACCAAUGAGGCUACAUCUAAACUCAUUGUUCUUGACAAACCAACUCCACCCCAAGGGCCUAUAGAUGUGGUAGAAAGUUCAUUGUCUGCUAUCGAAUUUAAAUGGAGGCCUCCAAAAGAUGAUGGUGGCUGUCCUGUGACCAAUUACACCCUGGAGCGCCAACAAGUGGGACGUAACACCUGGACUAAAAUUGGAGACAUCUCUGGACAACCUGCCUACAGAGACACAGAUAUUGACCAUGGCAGAAAAUACCGCUACAGGAUAAGUGCCAAGAAUUCAGAAGGCAUUAGUGACAUCAUGGAAACCGAUGCUAUUGCAGCCGGCACACUGGCUUUCCCUGGUCAGCCUGCUUCUCCAAAAGUGGUCAGCACUUUCAAGGACUGCAUCAAUUUAGCAUGGCUCAUGCCAACAAACACUGGUGGAGGAGGUAUUAUAGGCUACAAUCUGGAGAAACGCAAAAAGGGCAGUAACCUCUGGAGUCAAGUGAACCCUCCAGAUGAGCCAAUUAGAGAGAAAAAGUAUGCAGUGAGUGAUGUGAUUGAAGGAGCUGAGUAUGAAUUCAGAGUCGUUGCGAUUAACACAUGUGGUCCUGGAGAACCAAGUGGCCCCUCUGACUCUGUAUUUGCAAGAGACCCCCAGAUGCGACCUGGGAAGGUUAAAGGUCUCAAGGUAACUGGCUCUAGUUACAACACUUUGUCCCUGGCUUGGACUAAACCAAAUGUGGUGAAAGGAAUGGAAGAUGAAGUAAAAGGGUACUUUGUGGAAAUCAGACCUACAGACCAAAUGGAGUGGAGCCGCUGCAAUACAAAUGCCAUCAUCCAGACCUCUUUCACUAUAACAGGUCUGAAGUCCUUGGCCACAUACUGGGUAAGAGUGAUUGCAACCAAUGAAGGAGGAGAGGGACAACCACAAGGAUUUGACAAUUACAUCACUGCUAUGCCACCACCUUUGAAACCAAAAUUCACUGAUCGCAAGAUGAAAAAUUUCAUGGUUGUGAAAGCUGGAAACACAGUCCGGUUCACCGUAGGCUUUGAGGCUUCCCCUUUACCAGACAUCACUUGGCUGAAGGAUAAUGUGCCUGUGGCUAAACAUGUGACAAUUACUAAUUCUGAGAAAGCUUCCCAGCUACUCAUUCCAACAUCUGAUCGAUCGGACAGUGGCAUCUACACUAUCAUUGUCAAAAAUAUGGUUGGCCAGGAAACCUUCAGUGUAGAAAUUAGAGUCACUGAUGAGCCCAAGCCUCCAGGUGCAGUGCAACUUGAGCAGAAUGUUGAAGGAACAUUAACUCUCACCUGGACUCCGUCUCCUGAUGAGAAAAGAGAUGACCGGCUCCACUAUAUGGUGAUGAAACGAGACUCUUUUAAACGGACCUGGUGGACAGUAGGAGAUCACCUCUUCAACCACAGAUUUACCAUUGUUGUUAUACAGGGGAGAGAGUAUAAAUUCCGUGUAUAUGCUAAAAAUGAUAUGGGGCUGUCUGAACCAUCAGAGUCUCCAACAUGGGGAGUUGUUAAAAAGAAAGGUAAACUGAUAGUAAACCAACCAGAACCAAAGAAAUUGAACUUUCAAACAGCACCCAAAUUCACAGUGCCUCUGAAACUACAUAUAGCUCCAAAGGGCUAUGAGUGUCAUAUGAGUUGUGCUGUAGGUGGCAAUCCCACCCCUCGUGUUACCUGGUAUCACAAUAAUGUUAGCCUCAACACAAAUACCAAUUACUACAUCUCCAACACAUGUGGAGUCUGCUCUUUGCUCAUCCUGAUGGUGGGCCCCAAAGACACAGGAGAGUACAAAGUUAUGGCAGAGAACGCUCUGGGCCAGGCUGAGAGUUCUACCAAGCUCACAGUCAGAGAAUGAAAAAUAAAACCAUCUGUUGCAACAUGGACAACAAAAGCUACAGUGCCUGGAUCAAAGCAAGCUGUACUCAAUAUUAGUGGUAGCACAUUACCCAUUUAUUUUGAGAAAUUAUUUUGAGAAAAUUAUGAGUCUGAAUAAAUUGUGUGUUUCAAGUACUAAAAUCAGGCAUGUUGUUUUAGUGGAAUAUUCAACAAUAGGAUAAUCAUUAAGCCAAACUGAUAUUACUGAAUUAAAGUAACCUAUUAAUUGUUAUUUGAAUGGUAUGUCACAAUGUCAUUGAUAGCCUUGCAAACUUAUUUUCUGGAAAUCUACUGUCUGUUUUUAUUUUAAACCAAAAUAGCUAAAUAAAACUGCAACAUAAUGAAAUAUUAACAUCACAACUCAGUAGAUGACACUUAUUGGCAAAGAGAAUGUAAUAAAUGGCUUCACAUUAUAACAGCUCAGUGGAUAGUGUCACUGCCAUACAGUUCCAGAGUGCUCAGUUUAAUCCCGAGCUUGGAUUACUCUCUGGAGUUUAGCAUGUUUUCUCUAUGCCUGUUGCCAUGUUUCUCUGGGUUCAUCAGUUUCCUUCCAACCGCCACAAAACAUGCCAAAAGAUGAAAUGGAUACUCUAAAGUUUCCUUAUGUGUGAAUGAGUUGGUACUAGAAUCCCAUCCAAGGUGUAUCCCACCUUGUAACUAGUCUUCCGAGGGUGGGCUCGGGAUCCAUGUCACAAACAAACAAACAAAUAAAUAAAAGCCCUGCAAUGACCUGGCAACUUGUCCAGGGUGUACCCUGCCUCUUGCCCAUAGUCAGCUGGGAUAGGUUCCAGUUUGCCCAUGACCCUGCACAGGAUAAGCGGUUACAGAUCAUGAAUGGAUGGAUAAUAAUAAUAAUAAUAAACAAAGAAUUUUAAAAGAGACAUGUAACUUCACACUCACCUUCUCAAUGUUUCUGCUUCUCCUUGUACUGUAUAUUUCCUAUUUUACAAUGAACCUUCAGUUGUUUUGGGCUGUGUGGCACAUUUACGCCCUUUGGAACAACAGGGAAUGGGUUCAUGAACCGGUUCCAUACAGGAUUCUUUGAACCUUAGUGCCAGCUAGCGAACCAGCCCACGUUUUCACCAGUUUUGAGUGGAACUGUUGUAAUCAAGGAUGCUUCACAGCACAGAGGGUGUUGCACAAUGCACAACAGGAGUAAACAGCAGUUGCAAGAUGGUGGUGCAUGUUGAUUACCUGUGAGCUUUUGUUCUGUUAUUGCAGAUAUUUGUUUUCUGUGAUUUUUUUUUUCUGAAGAUGUAUCCUUUUCCAUUGUGUUCUCCAUUGCUGCGCUCUGCUUCCUCUCCAAACUAAUGGCAUACCCACUGAUGUUGUCACGGUUCAAACUGGAAAAACCAGCUAUAUUUUGGUCCCAGCUAAGAACCAACUUUUCAGGUUCUGAACCAAUUGAUUUUUGGUUGAAAUACUCUGAAUGAUUCAAAAUUUGGUGUACAAACAAUAAUGGAACCUGGUCCCUGUUGGUUGAAAAGGCUAAUUAUGGAUCAGACUUGUAGGGUACUCUCAAACAUUCAACAAGCUGAAGACACUUUACAAGGAGAACCAUGCCUUGAGUAGUUUUUGUAUGCGUCAUUGUUGAAGGGGAGGAAACCCACUGUUAUAAACCUAUACCAACAGGAUCAGAUGAAUAGCAGGAUUUAUAUGUUUGCAUUCACAAACUGGGUGUAUGAAGCAAAAGACCCAAAACAAAUGGCCAUUUUUACUGACAUCACUUGGUCAGAGCAGACAAGGAAAGAAACAUUCACCUCUACAGCUUUUGGGCCUGAAUCACUAUGAAUGAUAAACUGAUAUGAAUGAUAUAGGCAAGAGGCUGAGGGCUAUGGAAACAGAGAUUGGCGCCGCACCCAUGUACCGCAAAAGAGCUUGUUAGUACUGGGAUAGGAGACUGCCUGAGAAGACCAGAUCCUGGUGUGGAAGGGACUUUAACUUUUGAUUGUACCCUGUUUCAUUGUCUCUUUGAUCACCUUCACAGGUCAUUAAUUUUCAUUUUUAUAUGCAAAACACCUCAUGAAUCCUGACUUUAUGACACUCUCUCUCUCUCUCUCUCAUACACACACACACACACUACUGUGAAAACUUUCCAAUGACAUCAUUAAUACAGUUAAUUAAUGUUAGCUGCACCCAACCCUCACCUCAGUAAUUAAAAUAAAACCUGUGGGCUCUUUUAGAUUUUAGAGUUGUGAAAAGAUUUGCAUGUACUUCCUAUGCCAGUGUGGGUUUCCUCCAGGUUCUCUGGUUUCUUUUACCUUCCACAGAUUUAGGACUCAGUAUAGUGUAUGGGGACUGUGAGCUGGCCUUUUGGUUAGCAUGUCUGCCUCUCACCUGGGAGAUUGCGAGUUCUAUUUGUGGUUGGGUCAUACCAAAGACCAUCAUAAAAAUGGUACCUACUGCCAUCUAGCAAGGCACGCUGCAAUACAGAUGCAAGUGGGGAGUCAAACUCUCGCGGUUACCAGAGGACUAGCCCCCCACUGUAACCCUAACUAUAUAAUAGCCGAGAGGUCGAAGGUGACUGAAACGGAGAUCAGCGCUGCACCCAUGCGCCGCAAGAGCUGGUUAGUACUGGGACAGGGGACAGCUGGGGAAGAUUAGAUCCUGGUGCGGGAGGGGCUUUGACUAUUUUGAUAGUGUAGAUUACAUUAAGAUGCAUACAGAUCAACAUAAUACAGCAUUUUUACUCUUCUUCAAAGAAUUUUCCUCAAUAAAAUAAUGAAAAGUCAUUCAGAGCAUGAUACCUUCGAAAAUCACAAAGAAACAGAAGUUACAGCUGAAUAGGUGUUUUUACAAGAUUUGACCUUGGUGACCUUGACCCAUCAAAAACUAAUGAUGUCUUUGUGUGACCCUAGUGAGCUGUCCUGUGCAUUUCGGUGAAGAUUGGUCAAGAAAUUAUGAUGCUAGAGCACCAACAAACAAACAGACAAACAAACAGACAAACGGACAGAUCAACAUACUUGCAAAAAUCUCCGAUUUUCGCAAAUAACAAAAAUCUCUGAUUAUAGCAAGUAAUAAAUGAAACACUAAUAACAUGUAACAAAACAUUAAAUGUAUUUAUCUUCAGGGCUUUUAAUGUUAAUACAUGUUUCCCUACAGAGGACUGACAGAAAAAAAACACUAUUACUAGACACUAGCCCCUUUCACAUAAGAAAUCUGUUACUGUAUGAGGUAAAAACAACAUGGAAUAGAUAACAAAUUUUCAUUCUCACUCAGUCUUCCAUAAAAGUAAUAUUGUGUAUUCCCACCUAUCUAUAUUUAAUAGAAUGCUAUGGAACGUGAACCAUGUGAGACCGGAAAUGACAAAUAAUUAAUGAGGCAGCAAAUCCAUUGUUGUGAAAAGCCCAAGCUGAAAUAUUAGAUAGUUAGCAACAUGGCAGGAGUCAAGCUACAUCACAUCUCUGUUGAGAGAGUUGUCUUCCUGUUUCUGAACAUUUGUUCAGACAACAUUAACUGCGCACGCCUGCUUUCACUUUUUUCACAUAUUACCGUACUUGCCUUAUUUAAACCCUUGCUUUUGUUAGUUUGUCUUGCACUUGUUUUUAUUUUCCAAGCCAAUGCUCGUUGCCUUCCUCACUUCUACUGUUGUGUUUUCAUGCCUGGUUUUUUUUUUUGUUGCUUUGACUAUCUUGUGUAAAUAAAAGGUUUUCGCAUUUGCAUCUAUCCAACCCCAACCAUGAUAAAAAUAUGAAGUGGAAAUGUCAGAAUCCCAUUCGUGUGUG